AUGGCCACCACAUAUGCGGAUGACUCUGGUGGUGGUGUUGGCACAGGUUUGAAAGGUGCCGAUACUACUGCUGCUGGUGAUCGUGGCACAAACGUUCAAGAUGCGACCAAUGCAGCAGCUGCUGCUGGUGGUGGUGGUGGCGGCAGUGGUGGUGAUGGGGACGGCGGCGGUGGCACAGGCAUUACAGGUGCUGAUAACUGUGCUGAUGUGGUUGCUGCUGCUGGUUGUGGUGGCGGUGGUGCUGGUGGUAGUGGCAAUGCAAACAUUAAACCUGUGGAUUCGGGAAGCACUGUUGUCAAUGGUUUAGGGUUACACAAUGAUGACUCUGUCAGAGGCCCGACUAGUGGUAAUGUGGACAGUAGAAACUUCACUGGUGGUGGUGGUGGUGGCGGGGGCGUUCGAGACGUGAAUGGUCGUGGCAGUGGUAUCAGAGGCGCGGAGUUUUCUGGCCAAGGUAUCAGAGACAGUUGGGGAGACAUCAGUUCUGCCGUUCAGGGCGUCACAGCCGUCAACUCUGUCAAUGAGGGCGGUAGGGGUGCCGAUUCUGCCAUCCAGGAGGGUAGAGGCGCGGAUUCUCGGGACUGGACAGGUGGGGAUAGGCUGGGUGAACUGAAUGCUCUUGCGGCGCAUGAGAAGGCAGAUGUGAAGGCUUGGACAGGCGCGGGUAAGAGGGCUGAUGUGAAGCCUUUUGAGACACCUCAGGAAGCGGAUUCUCUGGCUUGGACUGCAGCAGGUAGGUGGGCGGAGGUGCAAUGGAGUGCUGAAGACGAGAGGUGUCUGCUUGCCGCUACUGAAGAGCUGGAUGGAGAUUUUGAGGGCGAAUUGAGUGAUGUGGUUGUUCCGGGUGUGGCUGUGGCGAAUGGUGCCGCUGCUACAAGUGUGACUGAAUUGCCAGGUACUGCUGCUUCUCAUGAUGUGACUAUGGCACAGGAGGCUGUCACAGGUGUGACCGUACUAAAUGUGACUGGAAUGCAGGUUUCUGCUUCUCAUGAUGUGAUUGUGGCACAGGGGGCUGUCAUGGCUGCUGCUGCUGUGAAUGUGACUCUAGCAGGUGUGGCUGUAGCACAGGGGGCAGAUACAGAUGUGACUUCUGUGAAUGUGACUGUAGCAGGUGUGGACGGGGCACAGGGGGUUGCUAAUGGUGCUGUGGCUGUGACUGUAACGGGUGUAACUUCAGAGGCCCUUGGUUCAAGUGCAGGGGCAGGAGCAGCAGGGGCAGAAACAGCAGGUGGGGAAGCAGCGGGGCAGAAGCAGCAGGGGGAGAAGCAGGAGGGGAAGAAGCAGCAGGGGCACACUCCUCACCUGCUCAGGUGCCGUUUCAGGUGGAUGUGGGUGGUCAAGUGGAUAGUCAGUCCCCCCUUCCCCCGCUCCCCCACCCGAGUGCCCCCGCACUCUAGCCCCCCUUGGGCGCUUGUUGAGACAGCAGGGGCGCAGGGGGGCGGAGAUGGGGCGCAGGGGGAUAAAGAUGCUGGGGAAGCGGAGGAAGCAGAGGAGGGCGGGGAGAAGCGGGAAGUGCGUCAGGCGGAGGAUGAGGAGAGGGACGGGAAGGAGGAGAAGGAAGAGGAGGAGGAAAUGAGAGGGGAGGAGCAAGACGAAGGGGAAGAGCAGAAGGGAGUGCAUGGAGGAGAGGAGGAGGCGAGGAAGAGAGAGAGGGAAGAGGAGCAAGAGGAGGGGGGGAGGGACGAGGGGCAAAAGGAGGAAAGGAGAGUUAUGGAGUUGACUGUACUAGGGGAGAGUAAGAGGGAGAAAGGGGCAGGAAGUGGGGAACGAGAGGGUGGUGUAAGAAGAGAGGGCGAGGAGGAAGAAGUGGAGGAGGAGGAAGUGGAUGGAGAGGUGGAGGAGAUAAUGUGUAUGGACGAGGAUAAGGUGGAAGAGGAGUUGGAGAAGAAGGAAGAGGAGAAGGAAGAGGGGGUGGAGGAGGAAGAGGAGAAAACGCAGGAAGAGGAAGAGGUUACUGACUUCGCAUCAGCUGAUGACAUGGCUAUUGCUGAGAAUCGUGGUGAUGACGUGGAGGCUCUAAACAGUGAGGAUGAUGACGUGGUGGAAGUACCUAUGGAUCAGGAACAGGAGCAGCUGAUGUGGCAUCUUCGUGGGAAUGUCAAUCUAGGUGUUGCCACUAGUAGUAGUCAUGCUGCUGCUGCGAGGAACGAAAUCACUGCUGGUGAAGCAGGAGAGGGAGAAGCAGCAGAAAGGGUGGCCGCAGAACGAGAGGCAGCAGAAAGAGAGGCAGCAGAGAGAGAGGCAGCAGAAAGGGAGACAGCAGAGAGAGAGGCAGCAGAAAGGGAGGCUGCAGAGAGGGAGGCAGCAGAGAGGGAGGCAGUAGAGAGAGAGGCAGCAGAAAGAGAUGCAGCAGAAAGAGAUGCAGCAGAAAGAGAUGCAGCAGAGCGAGAGGCAGCAGGGAGAGAGGCAGCAAACAGAGAGGCAGCAGAGAGGGAGGCAGCAGACAGUGAGGCUGAAAAGAGAGCGGCAGCAGAGGAACGAGCAGGAGAAGAAGCAGAGACAGCAGAGGGGGCAGAGGCAGGAGAGGGGGCAGAGAGGGGCAGGGAGGGCAGAGGGAGCAGAGGAGGCAGAGCAGCUGAGGUGACUUUUGAGUCGACUCAAAAGCCAACUCAUGAGUCGACUCAAAAGCCAUCCCACAAGGCACCUGGGACCUUUGACCAAAGAUGCUCAGCAGCUGAGCCUACUCAACAGCAGGAAUGCACAGCUUUUGUUGAUCCGACUCAACAGCAGGUUUCAGAAUCCCAGUCUUACAAGCCGCCUGUGCUGCAAGUGCAGGCUGUAGAGUCGCACAAGCCACCUAUGACCUCUGGGCGCCAGCAGGAAUGCACGUCUUUUGUUGAGCCGACUCAACAGCAGGUUCCGGAAUCUCAGUCUCACAAGCCACCUGUCACCUUUCAGCUACACCAGGAAUUCGCAAGUGUGGCAGCUGCUGCAGUCGCUUUUGAUCCAAGUUACGGUGUUACCAACCAGAUGUAUCACCUGCAAUCCGUGGCUCUGGGUAAGGGUAAAGAGGUGAGGCCCGCUAAUGUGACACUCCCUGAGUCAGAUGUUACCAUUCGGAUGCAUCAUCUGCAAUCCGUGGCACUGGAUAAGGGCAGUAAGUUGAAGCUGACUGCUGGUAUGGCACUCUUUGGGGCAGAUGUUGCCAGCAGAGCAGCCGACGUGGCCAGCAGAGCAGCUGACAUGGCGAGCAAAGCAGCUGACGUGGCGAGCAAUGCAGCUGACGUGGCUGCACCUGAGGCUGACGGGGUUGAGAGGGCAGUUGAUGUGGCAGAAGUGGAUGUUGCAGCAGGAGAGGCAGCAGAGGAAAGAAAGUUUGUCUCCGUCUCUCUCCUCCUUCCCAUCCCCCUUCGCAUGCUUCUCAUCCUCUCCCCUCUCUUCUCAAAGCGACCUUUGCUCCUCCCUCUACUCUCCCUUCCUCCCUUCCAUCCUCUCUUCCAUCCUCCCUUUCCUCCUUCCCCUCCACCCUCCCAGCCUCCUUUCCUUCCUCUGCUCCGUCCUCCUUCCCGUCUUCCCUUCCCUCCUCGCUCCCCUCCUCUCUCCCCUCUUCGCUCCCAACCCUCGCUUCCUCCUCUUUCCCACCUCCUCCCCGACCGCCUCCCCUCCUUUCUCCCCGCCUCCCCUAUCCCACACCCCUGUGGAUGUUUUUCUCGUUUUACAAAGCAUGGGCACAGCUCAGAUGAAGAGCUAGGGAGAAGCAGGAGGAGGAGAAAGUUGAGAAGCAGGAGGGAGGAGAAGGAGGAGAAGCAUGAGAAGGAAGAGGAGGAGAGGGAAGAGGAGGAGAAGGAAAGAGAAGGAGGAGCAUGCGGAGGAGGAGGAGAAAGUGGAGGAGAUGGUGUGGGGAAGAGAUGGGCAGCACAGCAUAAGGUACAUUCGGAGCAGCAGGAGGAGGUAAAGACACAGGAGCAAGAGAAGUGGCAGGAGCGACAGGAGGAGGAGAAGGAAGAGAAACAGGAGCAGGAGGCGCAGGAGAGGCGACAGGAGCGACAGGAGGAGGAGGAGGUAGAGGAGCAGCAGCAGGAGGAGCAAGAGGAACGGAAGCAGCCGGUGCUGCAGGAAGAGGAGCAGGAGCAGCAGCAAGAGGGGCGGCAGGAGCAGGAAGGCCAAAUGCUGCAGGAGGAGGAACUGGAGCAGCGGCAGGGCGGAGAGGAGCAGCAGCAGGGGCGAGAGACAGCAGCAGAGGCAGGAGCAGCAGGAGGGGCAGGAGAAGCAGGAGAACAGCAGAUGCAGGAGGAACAGGAGGCAGCAGCAGGGGAGAUGGGCAGCAGCAGCAGCAGCAGCAGCAGCAGGCUCAGGGUGAGCAGGUUUUUGCAGAGCAACAUGAGGAGGUGGGAGAAGAGGAGGCGGAGGAAGGGGAGGAGAUGGAGGAGGAAGAGGAAGGAGGAGGAGGAGGAGGAGGCAGGAAGUCUUAGAUGUGGAUUGGGUCGGAUACGAGGAGGUGUGGGAGGGGAGGGGCGGGCGGACAAGUGGUCAAGCAAGGGGAGGGAGAGAGAGGAGGAGAGUGAGGGUGGGGACCUAGACGAGGAAGGGGAUGGGGGAGAGGGGGGAGGGGAGGAGGAGGAAGAGGAAGAUGUGGCGAGUGAUGUGACUGAAGCAGCUGCUUCGGAUGAGGUGGAGGUGGGAGUCGUGUCAUGCAGUGAUGGAUGCUUCUGUGAUAGACUCUGA